AUGAAAUAACAAGGUUAUAAUUUGAGAAGCCCGAAGGACCCUAAAUUCCCUCAUUAAAGGGGGUAUUUUGCUAAUUAAUCUCCUCUCAAAAAUUCUUCCAUCAAUUCAACUAAAACAAAAAAUGACCAAUAAAGCAACAAAUAACUUGAUACAAUGCUAAUAAAGAGAUCGAAAAUUAUCACCAGAGAUUAGUUUAGCGAUGAGUCAAGCUUCUCUAGUAGAAAUAGGAAAAUAAGAGUUGUAGGUUAUGAGCAGAGAUCAAAAGAAAGGACUCAAGGCAGAAAUGACAUUUAAAAAAUUGACAACUUUUAAAUUUAAACAAUACAAUUAGGCAACUUAAACAGCAACUCUGAGAAAAAAGCAAAUAAUUUUGACUUUUUAGCGAAACUAACAUAAGCAGUCUCUCAAAUAAAAACAAGCAAUAACUCAGGCAGAUGCGAUACUUAAUAGCAAAGCCAUAUUGAGAGACCUCAAGACUAAGUAAUAUAAAUAAAAUAGUCAUCGAAAGAGAGUGUCGAAACCAAAAAAUCCACUGUUCAAAAAUCAAUUAGCAAAUCCGCCUCUGACUAUAUUUAAGCGCUACUUUCAUAAGUAGAUCCUCAAAAUAUUCAAAAACAACUAACAAGCAAGUCUCUUCAAUAGAAUUAUUCUUACGAGAAUUAGUUGGUUUGUGAUAAUCAGGGAUAUUAAGAAGGAUAAGAUGAUUUGAAUAAUGAAUAAGAAAUGCCAAAGCGCAGAUAUAAGAAAAUAACUCACGCUGAUAGAAUUGGAAAGACUGCAGGCAGAUGGACCAGGCAGGAGCAUAUCCGCUUCAUUCAAGCGAUUAAGCUUUUUGGAAAGGAUUGGAAAAAGGUUGAGGACCAUAUCGGUACCAGAACUGGUGCUUAGAUUAGGUCUCACGCCUAAAAAUAUUUUUUAAGAAUUGAAAAAGAAAUAAAUAAAAAUGAAGGUUCGAAUAAUCAUUAACAGUAAAAUGAUAAUGAAUUUGAAGAUUCAUUCCACGAUAAUCAGAAUGAGAUGGAAUAGGAGUAAUAAGAAUAGGAACCAUCUGAAGACAGGUCCUCUAGCUCAUUGGUAUAAAGAUAGGACUCAUUAUACUGUGAAGAGGACAAAAAAGGUGAGCAGAAAGAUUAAGAGGAAGAUGAAGAUAUUGAUGAUGAUAAAAUAUCUUUGAAUACGGUAUCUACAGGAGGAGCUCAGCCUUCUCAAAAAUAAAUUGAAACUUAAACAAGAGAGCGAUUAUACUCUAUACCCUCAGAUUUUUCUACUGGUCUAUAGGGUGGCUCUAAGCAGUAAAUGACUGCAUCUACAAAACCAACUCCUUCCCUUUACACAGAUAACAGCAGCCUUCCAGAACCCAUUAAAAAUUUCAAAAGAUCCAACUCAAAUGAGACCCUUGAUUGGACUACUCAGACAUUCCAAAACUUGCAAAAGAUAUAAUAUCUGAAAUUCCUCGACAUUGUCAAGAGAAAGGAGACUUUAGUCUCCGAAAUGUACACUAGUGAUAAGGAUCUCUUCACUGAAGCCAAGAGAUAUAUCACUUAGUUGAACGAAAUUUUUGCAGAGAUCUAAUAACUUGCAUUUUUGAAUUCUGCUUUACAAAAAACAUUUUAAAUGUCGAACCCUCAAAUCAAUACACAAUCAUCUCAGUUCCUAGAAAAGAUACUAAUAUUCCUAGCUGAUAUCUCUAAUAUGCAGAGAGUUCUCUAAGACUUUGUCUAGAACAUUAAUAGUAGCUUGAAUAACAUUUUCAAUCCUCAAAACAAUGGCUUAAGUGCUUUAUUCAACUAAUCAAAGUUAUCUCAAGUUUUAAAUCAGUAACCACCUAUUGCUAGGUCUCAAUCAAUUUAAAGCUAAGGCUUUAAUAACCAUAGCUCUUCGGCCUAGUAUGUAUAACCAUAAAAACCAAACCCAAUCAAUUCAAGACAACUGAUUGGGUAGAAACAAUAUGUAGAUACAUCUAUGGAGAACAACAGUUCAACUAACAAAAACAACUCUGCUGCUAAUGCUGCACUCUAGUCUUUUACUAAUGCCUCUACUCUAUAAUCUCUAUAAAAGUCAUUGUAGGUGAAGCAAUUGUAAAGCAAUAUAGAGCAGCUCAAGUAGCUAGGCUGCUCUUUUGAUAAAAUAGUUGAGUUGGGUGAUUAGUAUAAUGACAAGAGCAGUUUAAGCGGUGGAGUUGAUUAAUCCUAAUAUCAAAACACAAAUAACAACAACAUUAAUAAUAACUCAUCCUCUUCUAUUCACGAGGAUUCAGAGAGUAAUUUGUUUUAAAAGAACCAAAAUAGCUUAAAAAGCCCCUUGAUCAACCGAAGAUUGUAAAUAAUCCAGCAAUAAUCAACUUAACAACAAACGAAAUGA